AUGAGCCAAGCCUUACCCCUUGUAGCCUAUCCUGACCUCGAAGGCCGAGUCAAGGCGAUGGAGGAAGACGGAUAUGCCUAUCUACCGAAGGUUAUCGAAGACGAACAACUUGCGGAACUUCGUGAUGCGAUGGAUCGGUUAACCGCAAUUCCUGAGAGUUUUGAUCGGCACGGCACGCCAGAGAAUGGAAACGGUUUCCUUAACAAACAUAUUAACAACGCCUUCAACCGCGACCCCGUCUUCUUACGAUGCCUUGAUCGGUCUCCAGUUAUUGAAUUGGCAGAGGCAGUGCACGGCGAGGAUUGUCACGUUAUCGGUAUGACAGCGUGGGUAACGGGACCCGGGCGCCCCGACCAAGGGUUGCACAUAGAUUGGCUGCCGAUCCCGCUGCCAACAGACAUUCUGGAAGAUACGCGCGUCAAGGUGCCAAUUUUCAUCUCAACCGCACACUACUACUUGGAUGACCUCUACGAAGACCUCGGUCCAACAAAGUUCGUACCGGGCAGCCAUCUUUCCGGACGGAGACCCGAUGGUGAGACAGAAUGGAAAGGCGCGUCAGAAAAGAGUAUCCUCUGCAACAGUGGUGAUGUCGUGAUUUUCCGAAGCGAAGUUUGGCACCGAGGCACUGCCAACCGUAGCGACCAGACCCGGUACCUCUUACAAGUGCACUACGCGAAGCGGAUGAUAACUCAGAAAUUCCCACCCUAUCUGAACCAGUUUCAGUUCAAUGCGGAAAUCUUGGAGCAGGCAACGGAACGUCAACAGCGAUUAAUGGGCAAUCACCGCCCGGGUGCCUACGAUUGA